AGAGUGAACCGAUGGCUCUACGCUAGUCUCAAGGCUUCAGUCUUUCUUUUAGUCAAGAUGAGUGAUAAACCGGACUUGUCUGAAGUGGAAAAGUUUGACAAAUCAAAACUGAAGAAAACUAAUACUGAAGAAAAAAAUUCUCUUCCCUCAAAGGAAACUAUCCAGCAGGAGAAAGAGUGUGUCCAAACAUCAUAAAAUGGGGAUCUCCUCCCAAGAGCAAGUUUCAACAUUGAUGGAGAGUCUUGGUUUUAGUAAACCCAUGUAUUCGUAGAAAUUUUAGGCAUCUAUGGCUUCUCACCUGUACUCUGUGGCUAAGA